CAAUCUCGCGUGCGCUCUUUCGUUUCCGGGAAAAUGGCCGCCCAAACAAACCCGGGGGCAUUCGGCUUACUUUUUCCCUUAACGUUUUAGGGAAUAUCGAAAACCCAAAGGCAGUAAUAGGCGUCACUGGAAAGGAGCUCGUUUCUCCUUAAAAACAACUUGAUGAAUGUGAGGAGUCGCAGCGGAUUCGGACGCGCCGGGGAUGCCGCCGCCAACUAACUGACAGUUCAGUAUGCUACACACAUUUAUAAAUAUAAAGGACAAGUGUCUGAGUAUGGUACGACUACUGAUAUCUCACAGUUUUCCCAAAACUCAAAAGUCGGGAUGUUAAUAAUGUGUAAUAUUGACUGCUGUCGGGUUAGCUAGCUAGCUAGGCCGGCUAGGUCUUAGGCUUUAUUAGGCUUCACACGCACGAUGGCUGGCCGCAGUUCUGAAGCAAACGGCGACGGCGGCAGCGUACCGCACGGCGGUGUAGACCAGGCGAUGAAACCGGUCUUUUUCGAGAUCUUUGGGGAAAUGUGGAAAGUGCAGGCUCGCCUCGGCCAGGGCGUCUCUGCCUCCGUGUACCGCGUCAGCUCUGGGAGAGCCAGCCUGGCCGCCGUUAAGGAAUUCCAGGUGGACGCACAAGGCGGGGAUUACGGGUAUCACAAAGAGAGAUCAGUGCUGGAGGAUAUUCAUGGACAUAAAAACAUCGUUACUUUGUAUGGGGUUUUCACCAAUCACAGCUCUGUGGGCGUGGCGACUCGCUGUUUGCUGCUAGAGCUACUGGAUGUGAGCGUGUCUGAGCUGCUGGUGAGGGCCAGCAAUCAGGGCCAUUCCAUGUGGGUCAUCCAGCACUGUGCCCGGGAUGUGCUGGAGGCCUUGUCGUUCCUGCACCGAGCGGGCUACGUUCACGCUGACCUUAAACCGCGUAAUGUCCUGUGGAGCGCCGACGAUGAGUGCUUCAAGCUCAUAGAUUUCGGGCUCAGCUAUAAAGAGGGACAUCAGGAUGUGAAGUACAUUCAGACGGAUGGUUACCGGGCACCUGAAGCUGAGCUGCAGAACUCGCUGGCCCAGGCCGGCAUGGAGGGGGACAGGGGCUGCACCACGGCCAUCGACCUGUGGAGUCUAGGAAUCAUCUUAUUGGAAAUGUACUCAGGAAUUAAACUGAAGGAAACUGUUAGAUCUCAGGAAUGGAAGGAUAAAAGUACUGCGAUAAUAGACCACAUUUUCGCUAGUAAAAUUGUGGUCGGUCCAGCGAUACCGGUUUACCACCUACGAGACCUUAUCAAAAGCCUCCUCCACAACGACCCGGUCCAGAGAAGCACAGCGAAGGCAGCUCUGUGCAGCCCCUUCUUCAGCAUUCCCUUCGCUCCUCAUAUCGAAGACCUGGUGAUGCUUCCCACGCCAGUGCUCCGCCUGCUGAACGUCAUCGACGACAGCCACCUUCACAACGAGGAGGAGUACGAGGACAUCGUAGAGGACAUGAAAACGGAGUGUCAGAAGUACGGUGCCGUCGUGUCUCUGCUGAUCCCCAAGGAGAAUCCAGGAAAAGGCCAGGUUUUCGUUGAGUAUGCAAAUGCUGGCGACUCCAAAGAAGCCCAGAGACUGCUGACAGGACGCACCUUUGACGGGAAGUUCGUCGUUGCCACUUUCUACCCGCUGAGUGCCUACAAGAGGGGCUACUUGUACCAGACCGUGCAGUAAGCCUGCAUAUGUGACCAGGGGUCCUCAGAGCAGAACUGGGGCAUCCUCUGAUAUAUGCAAGGCCAAGCUGCCAGUGAAGUAGGCGCAGGGCUGCAUGCAUCAUUGCAUUUCACGCAGGGCAUUCGAUUUUUUGCAAUUGCAGAUGUUUGUUUAAUGUCACGAUGCCCAGAUCAUUUAGACUUUGGAAAAAGAGAUGCAUAUUUAUGUUACUACUCUGGAAAACAAUUAAUGUAAUGAAUUAGUGCUUUGGGCUGUAUUCUGAGAGGUCCAGUCUCAGACAUUCAGAACAAGACCCAAAUGCGAUGGUUGCCCAGCCCUGCGUUUGCUUGCUCGACUCUCACUGUUUAGUCUCGUCACUGAUCCGUCGCAUUAAGUGACUCAUUUCAGCACAGCAUCUAGUUACAAUAAACAUGCACAACAUUUAGCUUCCCAUUGUACUUGAGAAAUGACAUUAAACCAUGUGUGGCUUGUGCCGUUUGGAGCAAAGCUUUUAAUAAUGUGAAUCCACACAUCGCAAUUCUUCCAUGCUCCUUAAAUGCGGGGGAGGGGCUUAUUAUGGACGCAGAGAUAUUUUUGGUUUCUGGGACAGUUGCAGCUUACGGAGCAGUGUUUCAGAUCUCCAUGGGGUUGAUUUGCUAGGACUCUGCCUACAAAACGGAGGUAGACAUAUACACCAAACCCACUGCAUUAAAAUAAGAGUCUACGACCAGUAUGACUAAGUGUGUCCAAAGGCCUUUUCAGUGGCAUGACGCCCAGUCCUCGCAGUACCGUUUAUGGAUCACAGAGAUGUCAGGUCUUCGAAAGAGGAUGAAUCUCCAAUGGAAACGCAUAGUAGCCUCCAGCGAUCCGCGCUAUCAGAAAGUAUUACGCUAUGGAAUAAUCUUUGCAAAUUAAAACUUGAAUCUAGCAGUUCAAAAUGCACGUGCCGUCUGAACUGUUCACCUAAGACGCUUUGAUAAAUCUGUGAUCAAUCCAUUUUUUUUUUGUUUGUAUAUUUCAGUGAACCAAAUACAGCAGAAACUAUUUUCUUAUGAAAUCCUGGGGGUGAAAAAUGUUCAUCCCUGGAUUUGUAGUAUGUGCUGAUGUGUGAGUGUUCAGGAGAUUCAACAUGGCUGUGUCAACAUCACUGUUAUAGCGGUUUGAAGAUGACCUGUGGAGAGAUUUCCGUGUUGCACGGCUAUUUAUCAUAUAGCCAUCGAGGCUGUAUACUUUAAGAACACGGAGAAAUUCCCCAAUAUAUUUGCUGUUCUUGUACAAAUAUCUGAAUCUUUUUGAAAUGAAAUUUCCUCCUUUUGUAUCUGACUUUGGGCUAAACAUCUUUGUCUGAUUAACUUUAAUGCUUUACAAAUACACCCUAACCUAGUUAUACUUAACUGAUAUUAACUAAUGGCUUGGUAGACGUCUCAUUAAUUACUCCAUCCGUCCUGCUAAGCACAGAUAAUAGGUUCAAGUAAGUGGAUAGCUUCUAAGGUUAGUCUUGUCACAAGUGACUUGUGUUUUAGGUAAGGUUGUGUUUUAAAAUUCUCUUAAUUUUAGCUUUAGCUGUGGACAUUUAUUGUUGGAGUAGUCUCAGAACAUUUGAACCUGAACUUUGGCACUUUUCUUAGGUCUCGUUCAUUGGUACUUGAUUUCCUGAUUACAGGGCUAUGAUUGUGAAAGGUGACUACUGUUUAUUUUUUAUGUUUUUAAGAAGUAUGAACAAAGCAGCCACCCCCUGUAAUCUAGGGGAUCCUGUCAGCAAGACUGCUGCGUGUGAGUGUGCUAGUGAUCAUAAACAUGCCACGUUGCUAGAAUUUAUCAUCAACACUAUUUAUCUAAAUCUGCAUCUCGGUGUGAAGUUUGAGUAUUUUAUAUUUAAAAUGUAGCAUUUAGUCUUAGUAUCGGUUUAAAGUAUUUAUCUCUCAGCAGAAUUACUCUGGGGUGCACAGUGGCUCAGGAAGUUGGUGCCUCAACUUUCCAUGCCCGGGGGGGGGGGGGGUUGGGCUCUCCCCAUUUUCAGGUUGAGUUUUCUAGGUACUUCAGCUUUCUGCCUCCCCAGUCCAAAGUUGGGGUGAAGUGUUGGGUGUGUGAACUGGCCAAUGCCUGCCUUAUGACUGACCUGUAGGGGGCGUAUCGGUCUCACUCAGAGCCUCCAGAAGACAAUCUCCACAACUGUAAAAGAAAAGAUUGACAAUGGUUGGGAAAGACAGUCGGCCGACUUCGACAAGACAGAUGAUCAUUUAAAAUGACAGGUCAUGUCUUUGGUAGCUGUGCCAUUUUCAUUUUAAAAGGAGAAAUGUACACAGUUUUUCCCCUCUGGCAUAAACUUUAUGCAAGGAGACAGUUGAGUUGGGAUGAUUGAGUAGUGUACGGAGGUUUGUGGCAAAAAGUAAGUUUCUGUUAUACAUUCAGGAAAAAUAGUGGCGUUCACAAGAAAACACAUUCCAUCACCAUGCUAAGUACGUUUGGUUGAAUGUUCAGUACUCUUCACUGUUGUGGUUCAGGCACCGCUGGCUGCCUGGGCCAGUGUGGCGGUCGAACGAGAGACUGAAAGUGAAGACCUCCAGAGUAUGUAGGGGAUAUCACCUGGGCGAUAUCACUCUUGUGUAAGACUCACAUGAUUUAUUAACUGUGUGCAAUGCUCUGCAGACGCCUCAGGCCUGUUUGUAAACCACAGGCAUCGUUGGGGAUGGUUCUGCGUGAAUAUUAGUGUGGAAUGUUUACAUAAUCAGAAUUUUGUGGAAUUUAACAUUUGAGAAAGUUAAUACAACUUUGUUUUGAUCAACUUCAGAUAGUCAUCUUUCCACUAAUUAUUAUUAUUAAUACUACUGCUGUUGGUUGUAGGAUGAUGUUUGCACUGCUAUUGGUAAAAAGCGUUUUCUUACAAAACUGACAAGUGACAGCAAUCAGCCGUCACAAAGGUGUCAGGGAACUGAAAACGACAGGAAACACUGGCAGAACAUCCCCCACAAUGCAUCUCUGCACCAGUGCUUAUUUCUUACCAUAUAAGAAACCUGCUAGGGAAGAGAUGCUCUAUUAAUAUAGGCUGACAGCUCGUCAUAAUAAAAUGAAGAUUUAAAUAAAAAAAAGGCCAGGUCUGGGUGUAUGAGUUCCCAGUCACCAGGUGAUAUAAGGGCUGUUUGUGUAAAGCUCUCUGCUCUACCUGUCGGCAUGACAACAGGCUGUACCACAGAUAAUGUGAGAAGUAGGGGAGAGAGACUGCAGACAUCCGUCCUGCAGCUUCGGACAAAGACCGACAUGUGUCUUAAAGGGGCAGCAGUGCCAUAACAUCAAGGGGAACUUUCACGUCUAUACAUAGAGUGGUCUAGCAAUUAACGUUAUACAUAGCGUGUUUCCUCUUGUCGUAGCGCUUUAAUUUUUAUUAUUGAUUUUUAGUAAACUUAAGGUUUAAAACGUUAAGUUGUUUUCUAUUUGAUUUUCAGUGAAGAAUUUUUUUGUUUAAACAGAGAAGCAUAUUGACUACAGCUGUGAAGUUUCCCUGAUAUCCGGUUCACUUUAGCUUGUUGUUGGUACGACGGUCGAUAGUUUACCGAGGAAGAAAUUGCGAUGGCAAAAUGAAUCUUCAUUGAACCAUUUGCUGUAUUCUCUGACCCUACUGACUCAAGAAAAGGGCUCAUAGAGCACCCCCCCCAAGCAAAGCAAGAGUAAUAGUGCAAUCAGGAAAUACAGCAAAUGGUUCAAUGAAGCUUUGUUUGGACGUCACUAGGGAAGAAGGUUUGGUAACUUCUAUUUAGUUAUCACUAUGUUUGGUGCAAAACAAUAUUUUAUGAAGGUUAUACUUCAUAAGCCUCCCAGAGAAGAUUUUUAUGAAGGCUGUGUGUUUGGCUUAUUAGUACAGUACAGUAAUAUGUUUUGAAGAAAAGUACUGCCAGAUGUUCCGUUGUACUAAAAGCCAAGAAGUGAUGUCCGGAAAGUUCCAAGCACUGAGGGUGUCAACAUGGGAGGGGUGGGAGCGAGAGGCGAGAUUUCUCAGUCGUGAAGAUGCUGGAUGAGUGUGGUGUGAAACAGGCCAGCCGGGGUUAACGUUUUAUUGUAUGGGUAUUAUGAUGAUGCCUGUUGAGAUCUGUGUGCUUAUUUGUGAUCACCUAUGCAUUGGAAGUCCUCAUUUAGUCACCAAGCUUGUCUGUACUGUGCUCCAGACUUGCAUAUAAAGCAUUUUAUGGCUGAUUAUUUGUUGUGAAAAAGCUUUACUGUGAUUAAGGGCAAAAAAAAUCCUCUCCUUUUCUGCAGCGGAGAAGCGAAAAAAAAAAAGUAGGACAAUUAGUGCUGUAAUUUAAGCAGCACUCUUCGUGCACAUUGCAGGCACUGGGGCUUGGCUGCAGCUUGUAACCUUGCAGGUGGGCGACCGUGAUCCACAUUUAAAAGAUUGCAUUGAGUAAAGCUGACCUUUCUCAGCCGGGGAGCACACUCUGAGAAGGCUCUGAGCGUUCCAAGUAACACGAAAUCGAUACUGAGCCACUCCCGGGGGGGGGUUAUGAGGGGAAUGCAAAGAAGUACCAAAAACAGGUGAAGGGAUAUCGCUCUGGCCUGUAUUUAUAUGUGAAAGGAACCCAUAUGCACGUGGCAGCACAAAGUUUGGCUGUGGUUCAAGGUCUUUGAUUAGAAGAGACUUCUAAUGUUUUAUGUGUUGUAGGAUGUGCCUGAUUUCUGAGAACACUGAUUUCUAUCCAAAUACUGUAGACGGCCUUGGUUGCCUGAACAUUAACUAUGUUAACUAGCUGGAAACUCCAACCCAGUACAUUUUACAGAUGGCGGUUAGGCCCUUCGCUUCAUUACCGACAAAAACGUAUUCAUGACAUGCUGUUUCUAAAGCAGCUUCUACUUCAGAACCCAGGGCCACCUGGAAUGGCCACCAGGUUCUCUGACAAACCGCCGUUCUUCAGUAUCUAGCAUCACAUUAAUCCCUACUGUAGAAAUCUUGCUCUUGGUAGUUUAACUUAUUCAAUAAUGUUCUGAGGGCAGAAGGUAAAAAUAAUUGAUUCAGAGAGAUGACGAAUCAGAUUGCAGAGGUGGUGGGUCCAAGCAACUAGGAGGCGAGACCAACCAAUCAGAUAUCUUGGUCCCGCCUCUAGUUGCUUGGACCCACCACCUUUACAAUCUGAUUGGUCAUCUUUCUGAAUCAAUUAUUUUUCCUUCUGCCCUCAGAACAGAAUUUUUGGAGUAAAAAAAAUUCCCACGAAUAGAAAUCUAGCAAUGCAUUUCAGACUCACACACAUUCACUGGAUCCUAUCAUUGAGGGUUAAGUCAGUGACCAUGGAUGUGUUUGGUGCUCGGUUUCUGUAAAAUACGUGGGGUUGAGGUUGAAACUGAGGGCUGAAAGUGUCUCGUUCACCGUUAUUCCCACUUUUGGACAAUUUGAAUGACACUUGGCUAGUAGUUGAAUAAGUUUAGCUUUUAUGGAAAUGAAAGCCUUAGGAAGAAGAGAAAAAUCUGCCAAGUAUCUUAUGGGCUAAGCAUUGCAGACAAGAGUAGAUAAGUUUCAACGAAAUCCAAUCUGUGACCCAUUUUCUUUUUUUGAGUGUGAAAACGCUUUUGCUGCAGUUGCGUAAAUACAGUUGUGUUUGAAUAACUUUGAUUUGCAGUGUUGAAUCUUGGAAGUGCUACUGACGAGAUCAGAGGAGUAAUUUUGCCCCCUCCUAUAAGGGAAGGAAGUCAAACGGAUAUAUCCCUCGGCAAGCUAGUUACACAGAUGCUUUAAUGCUUUUUUGCGGAUUAUUCCUUUACUCAAAAUGAAGACAAUCUUGUUUUUAUAAGCGCGCCUGGUUUUAAUAUUUCUGUGAAAGCACAGUGUGAUGAAAGGCGUUAAUGGCGAUGCUGUGAGUUUGAUAGAGGUGCGCUGCCUGCACGUUUUUCUGCGAGAUGGUGUGUGGCGUGGAAGUCUGUGUGUGGUCUUGGUUGCCUUCAGCUGGAGCCUCAAGAUAUUACAAAAAAAAACAAACCCACACACACUAUCUUACAUGCAAGCUUGAAUGUAACUGCUUCCCAAAGAGAUGUUCAAGUGCAUAAAGAUUAAAAGCAGCGCAAACCCUGUUAGUUUUAUACGUGUUAUAGUGAGUGAUCGUAAUUUAAUUGGAUUGUGCGCAGCUGUUAUCAGCAUUUCUUCCAAUAAAGGAUUCAGCACCUGA